CCCUGUAACCAUUUCGCCCUAAGUCGGAAGUGGGCUGCUACUUGAGUUGGGCUAGGAAGAAAGAGGCAGGAAUAGCUGUCGACACUGCCAACGGGGCUUGGCUAACCGGGCGUCAUUUUCUCGACUCCAGCGCAGGUGAGAGGAGGUGACGGCCAAAGCCCAGAACGGUGGCGAAUCUGCACUGCAGCCUCGUAGGCAUUCGAGCUGCGCAAGGAAGGGGCAGGGAAGAGCAGCAAAGGAGCGCGCAUCCUGUUCACUCAUUUGCCCCGCCCGCCUCGCGAAUCUGCGUCGUUCGACGCACCACUCAAAUCUGCCGAGCUCCGGCUGGCCGCCUCCCCCUCGCUCCGCCCCUCUUUCCUCAGGGGCUCGUCGCAGCUUUCGUCGCCGCCGAUUCGUCACGAACCCCAAGGCCGGGGCAGCUGGAUGAGGGUGGUACAGUCCACUCUCCGGGGGAUGCGGCCGAUCUUCAGGCUUCCUGGGCUACGACUCCCAAGCCUUACAGGGCCCCGGCCGAGGCAGAGCCGCUCCGCUCGGCCCCGUGGAUCGCUCCGCAGUCCUUGUAGCGAAAUGUAAAUGAGCGAGGAUGGACCAGGAAGGUGGGGGAGAUGGGCAGAAAGCCCCGAGCUUCCAGUGGCGGAACUACAAGCUCAUCGUGGAUCCGGCUUUGGACCCUGCCUUGCGCAGGCCUUCCCAGAAGGUGUACCGCUACGAUGGAGUCCACUUCAGUGUCAGCGACUCGAAGUACACACCAGUGGAAGACCUCCAAGAUCCCCGCUGCCAUGUCAGGUCCAAGAACAGAGACUUCUCCCUCCCAGUCCCUAAGUUUAAGCUGGAUGAAUUCUAUAUCGGACAGAUCCCACUGAAGGAAGUAACUUUUGCAAGGCUCAAUGACAAUGUGCGGGAAACCUUCCUGAAGGAUAUGUGCCGGAAGUAUGGUGAGGUAGAAGAAGUGGAGAUCCUUCUUCAUCCCCGCACUCGCAAGCACCUGGGCCUGGCCCGUGUGCUCUUCACCAGCACUCGGGGUGCCAAGGAGACUGUCAAAAACCUCCACCUCACCUCUGUCAUGGGCAAUAUCAUCCAUGCCCAGCUUGAUAUCAAAGGACAACAACGAAUGAAGUACUAUGAAUUGAUUGUCAAUGGCUCCUACACUCCUCAGACUGUGCCCACUGGAGGCAAGGCCCUGAGUGAAAAGUUCCAGAGCUCUGGUGCAGCCACUGAGACGACUGAAGCCCGCCGACGAUCUUCCUCAGACACGGCAGCCUACCCAGCAGGCACUGCUGUGGGGGGCACCCCUGGCAAUGGCACUCCCUGCUCCCAAGAUACAAAUUUCUCCAGCAGUCGACAAGAUACCCCAUCUUCCUUUGGCCAGUUCACCCCUCAGUCCUCCCAAGGAACACCCUACACACCUCGGGGUAGCACCCCUUACUCUCAGGACUCUGCCUACUCCAGCAGCAGCACUUCAACUUCCUUCAAACCCCGGCGGUCAGAGAACAGCUAUCAAGAUUCUUUUUCUCGCCGCCAUUUCUCCACAUCUUCAGCCCCUGUAACCACCUCUACUACCACCUCAGCAACUGCUGCAGCCACUGCAGCCUCCUCUUCCACAUCUUCAUCCUCUUCAUCAUCGUCCUCCUCCUCAUCUUCCUCAGCCUCUCAGUUUCGUGGUUCUGACUCUAGCUACCCAGCAUAUUAUGAAAGCUGGAAUCGCUACCAGCGUCACAGUUCCUACCCACCUCGCCGGGCAACUAGAGAUGAUCCUCCUGGGGCCCCAUUUACUGAAAAUACACCUGAGCGCUUCCCACCUUCCUAUACCUCCUACUUGGCCCCUGAUCCCAACCGAUCCACUGACCAAGACUACCGGCCCCCUGCCUCAGAGGCCCCACCUCCAGAGCCUCCAGAACCUGGUGGUGGUGGUGGUAGUGGUAGUGGUGGUGGGGCACCCAGCCCUGAGAGAGAAGAAGCCCGGACUUCCCCACGCCCACCUUCACCUGCCCGUUCUGGCUCCCCAGCCCCAGAGACCACCAAUGAGAGUGUCCCCUUUGCUCAGCACAGCAGCUUGGACUCCCGCAUUGAAAUGCUGCUGAAGGAACAGCGCUCCAAAUUUUCUUUCCUGGCCUCUGAUACAGAGGAAGAAGAAGAGAGCAACAGUGCAGGCCCUGGGGCUAGAGAUGCAGGGGGUGAGGUGCCUUCUGGGGCAGGUCAUGGGCCCUGCACACCCCCUCCUGCCCCAGCCAACUUUGAAGAUGUAGCACCUGCAGGGAGUGGAGAGCCAGGGGCUGCCCGGGAGUCACCAAAGGCCAAUGGACAGAAUCAGGCUUCUCCAUGUUCUUCCGGAGAAGAUAUGGAGAUCUCUGAUGAUGACAGGGGUGGUUCGCCUCCUCCAGCCCCAACGCCUCCCCAGCAACCGCCACCGCCGCCGCCGCCACCACCCCCUCCCCCUCCUCCUCCCUACCUUUCUUCCCUUCCUCUGGGUUAUCCUCCCCAUCAACCUGCCUACCUCCUGCCACCCCACCCAGAUGGACCACCCCCCCCUGAGUACCCUCCGCCGCCUCCACCACCACCACCCCACAUCUAUGACUUUGUGAACUCCCUGGAACUUAUGGAUCGACUUGGAGCACAGUGGGGAGGGAUGCCCAUGUCCUUCCAGAUGCAGACCCAGAUGUUAACUCGGCUCCACCAGCUGCGGCAGGGCAAGGGAUUGACUGCUGCCUCAGCUGGUCCUCCUGGUGGGGCCUUUGGCGAGGCCUUCCUCCCUUUCCCACCCCCACAAGAGGCAGCCUAUGGCUUGCCUUAUGCUCUGUACACACAAGGGCAAGAAGGUCGUGGGGCAUACUCCCGGGAAGCCUACCACCUGCCCUUGCCCAUGGCAGCAGAGCCCCUGCCUUCUUCCUCAGUCUCUGGAGAAGAAGCCCGCCUGCCUCACAGGGAAGAAGCAGAGAUGGCAGAAAGCAAGGCCUUGCCUUCAGCGGGCACUGUGGGUCGUGUGCUAGCCACCCUUGUCCAAGAGAUGAAGAGCAUUAUGCAGCGAGACCUCAACCGCAAGAUGGUGGAGAAUGUGGCCUUUGGAGCCUUUGACCAGUGGUGGGAGAGCAAGGAAGAAAAGGCCAAGCCCUUCCAGAAUGCAGCCAAACAGCAAGCCAAGGAGGAAGAUAAAGAAAAGAUGAAACUCAAAGAGCCGGGCAUGCUGUCCCUUGUAGACUGGGCCAAGAGUGGCGGAAUCACGGGCAUUGAGGCCUUUGCCUUUGGGUCAGGGCUACGAGGGGCCCUGCGGUUGCCUUCAUUUAAGGUGAAGAGGAAAGAGCCAUCAGAAAUUUCCGAGGCCAGUGAGGAAAAGAGGCCCAGGCCUUCUACUCCAGCUGAGGAAGAUGAGGAUGAUCCUGAGCGAGAGAAGGAAGCUGGGGAACCAGGACGUCCAGGGACCAAGCCUCCGAAGCGAGAUGAAGAACGAGGGAAGACCCAAGGCAAGCACCGGAAAUCCUUUGCUCUAGACAGUGAAGGGGAAGAAGCAUCCCAGGAGUCUUCCUCAGAGAAGGAUGAGGAUGAUGAUGACGAAGAUGAGGAAGAUGAAGAGCGGGAAGAAGCUGUGGAUGCCACCAAGAAGGAGGCAGAGGCAUCGGAUGGUGAGGAUGAGGACAGCGACUCAUCUUCCCAGUGCUCUCUGUAUGCUGACUCAGAUGGUGAAAACGGGAGCACGUCAGACUCCGAGAGCAGCAGCUCCUCUUCCUCUUCAUCCUCUUCUUCCUCCUCCUCCUCCUCCUCCUCAUCUUCCUCAUCAGAGUCUUCCUCUGAAGAAGAGGAACAGUCAGCAGUCAUUCCCCCAGUGUCACCAACCCCCAGAGAAGUCCCAGAAUCCCUUCCAGCACCUGAUGAGAAGCCUGAGACAGACAGGGUGAUAAACUCCCCUGCUAUGCCUCUCCCUGAAAAGGAGACAUCACCCACACGGCCUACAGGUACUGCUGAGGAAACACCUCCUAAUAUACCACAGCCUCCUCCAGAGCCACCAGCUGGACCUCCAGACCCUGCCCCUCGCCUGGAUGAGCGUCCCUCUUCUCCUAUCCCUCUCCUACCCCCACCUAAGAAACGCCGGAAAACUGUCUCCUUCUCUGCCGCUGAGGAGACACCAACCCCAGAGCCUCCCCCAGCUGCCCCACUGCAGGCCAAGUCUCCUGGUCCAGUCUCUCGAAAAGUUCCCCGGGUUGUGGAGCGGACCAUUCGGAACCUGCCCCUGGACCAUGCAUCUCUGGUUAAGAGUUGGCCUGAGGAGGUGACCCGAGGGGGUCGGAAUCGGGCUGGAGGUCGUGUCCGCUCUACUGAAGAAGAAGAAGCCACUGAGUCAGGGACAGAAGUGGACCUGGCAGUGCUGGCUGAUCUAGCCCUGACCCCAGCCAGACGUGGGUUAGCUAUCCUACCCACUGGUGACGACUCAGAGGCCACAGAGACCUCAGACGAGGCUGAGCGCCCAAGUCCUCUACUCAGCCAUAUUCUCUUAGAACACAACUAUGCCCUGGCCAUCAAGCCUCCACCUGCCACACCAGCACCUCGGCCCUUAGAGCCAGCUCCUGCCCUGGAUGCACUCUUCAGCUCCCCAGCUGAUGAAGUCUUGGAGGCCCCUGAGGUGGUGGUGGCUGAGGCAGAGGAGUCAAAGCAACAGUUGCAGCAGCAGCAUCCAGAGCAGGAGGGGGAGGAUGAGGAGGAAGAUGAGGAGGAAGGGGAGUCCGAGUCUUCAGAAAGCAGCAGCAGCAGCAGCAGCAGCAGUGACGAGGAAGGAGCUAUCAGGAGGCGCAGCCUCCGCUCCCACACUCGACGAAGACGGCCACCACUCCCACCCCCACCCCCACCGCCUCCUUCCUUUGAACCAAGGAGUGAAUUUGAGCAGAUGACCAUCCUAUAUGACAUUUGGAACUCAGGCCUGGACUUGGAAGACAUGAGCUACCUGCGACUCACAUAUGAGCGGCUGCUGCAGCAGACCAGUGGGGCCGACUGGCUUAAUGAUACCCACUGGGUCCAUCACACAAUCACCAACCUAAGCACUCCAAAGCGCAAGCGACGGCCCCAAGAUGGGCCCCGGGAGCAUCAGACAGGCUCUGCACGCAGCGAAGGUUACUAUCCCAUCAGCAAGAAGGAGAAGGACAAGUACCUGGAUGUGUGCCCUGUCUCAGCCCGACAGCUGGAAGGCGUGGACACUCAGGGGACUAAUCGGGUGCUUUCUGAGCGACGGUCAGAGCAGCGGCGGUUACUGAGCGCCAUUGGCACCUCAGCCAUCAUGGAUAGUGAUCUGCUAAAGCUAAACCAGCUCAAGUUCCGGAAGAAGAAACUCCGAUUUGGCCGGAGCCGGAUCCAUGAGUGGGGUCUGUUUGCCAUGGAACCCAUCGCAGCUGAUGAGAUGGUGAUAGAAUAUGUUGGCCAGAACAUCCGCCAGAUGGUAGCUGACAUGCGGGAGAAACGCUACGUUCAGGAGGGCAUUGGCAGCAGCUACCUUUUCCGGGUGGAUCACGAUACCAUCAUUGAUGCCACCAAGUGUGGCAACCUCGCCAGGUUCAUCAACCACUGCUGCACGCCCAACUGCUACGCUAAAGUGAUCACCAUCGAGUCUCAGAAGAAGAUUGUGAUCUACUCCAAGCAGCCCAUUGGCGUGGAUGAGGAGAUCACCUACGACUACAAGUUCCCACUAGAGGACAACAAGAUCCCGUGUCUGUGCGGCACUGAAAGCUGCCGUGGCUCCCUCAACUGAGGUGGGGCAGGACUGGUGCCCUCACCCCUAUUUAUUCCCCCUUGGUGCCCUAAGCUCCCAGCACCCCCAGCCUUAGUGGGCUCAGCAGGGCCCACAUGUCCCCAUCUCCACAUGUGGGAUAGGGGCCCUGAGCCCAGCAAGGGAGCCUCAGUCCUUUGAGGUAACUUCUGACUCCCCAUACCCUUUGCCCAACCACCCUCUUAAUUUUUUUUUCUUUGCGGAGAAGAAGCUGUAAAUGUUGUGUAGCUGCCAGCAGCUGUUUCCUGUGGAAACCUGGGGUACCAGCCUGUAUAGAUGCUAUUCUUGGGGGCUGAAGAGCCCUCUGCUUCAUGUUAGUGGGGACUUCCCCUUCUGUCCUAUAUGCACCCCUCCCCAAUUUAGGGGUCUCUGGGGCAGUGGCCAUGUUCUCCCCCUGGGGGGGCCUUUGGCCCCUAGUCCUGGGAACUCUGUGCCUGGAACCCUGCCUCAUCUGUUCCUGCCAGACCCUGUGGGUCACCCUCCCACCCUGGUGUCUCAGAGCUCUGGCUCAGUGGGCCAGGAUGGUGGGGGGCAGGCCCUUCUUGUUGGGCUGGAUUGUAUAUAAUGUUAAUAGUGAAAACCCAACGCCACAUUUUUAUAAUUGUGAUUAAACUUUAUUGUACAAAAAUGCUUGGUCAAUAUC